UUCUCCUCUUUCAAAAAAAAAAAACAAGUAGAGAAGAGCUUACAUCAACUCUCGAAGCAGAACCUAAAAUACAACUCUAAAGCUGCCCCUCUUUGAUAACCCCAAAUCUACACUCAAUGGAAGCUUUUAACCUUCUCAAAUUCUGGCGAAAUUCCGGCCCUGAUACUGCAUCUUGCCGGGACAUAGUCUCUGAAAUUGAUGAUUUGGACUACAUAUGUAACCCGGUGAAUGAAACUGAUGAAGAAACUGACGACGAUGCGGAUUCCUUCUUCGAUUUGGUUUUCACUGGCCCCAAUUUGGACAACAACUCCAAAUCUCUUUCUCUCAACAGUCCCCGUGAACCGGAGUCCCCCAGAGAUGUGUUUUUCAAACCAAAAGCUAUUCCAAUCAAUUCCAACUCGAAGCCUCAAUCUCCGAUUUCAAUACUCAGAUCGGCUCCUAAGUUCCGGGUCUUCUUUUUCGGCUUAAGGAAAACGAAGCUGGAGAAGGUAGGCAUUGUCGAUUCUUCUCCGGCCAGUCCGAAGAUUCAAACACAGAAACUGGCUCUCAAGGCAGAGAGCAAGCGCUUUGCGCUGAAAUGCAAGGUGGAAGAGGCUCCGGUAAGCCGCCCUGUAUUUACCAGAGACAACAGUUUAAGAAGCAAACUGCAGAACGAGAAGGGGGAGGUGGAGGAGCUUUCCGUUGACGAUUCGUUGAAGAAAUUUGUAAGAGUCGAUGUGCCUAAGUACUUAAAAUUGAUGAAGCCAUUGUAUGCCAGAGCUUCGAAAAGGUACACUGAUAAAAUUAGUGUAUCACCAUUGUCUUCUCCGUCUGCACAAUCAAUGUCUUCACCCAGAAAAGCGUCAGAGGAGAAACGAGUUUCUUCAUUCGGAUCUGUUCGCAAACCCCUAGGGAAAAGCCGAUCGGCGGCGUCUACCUUCGCCGGAGCUUCAUCGUCGCCGUUAAAUCGCCGUGACGAUUCACUUCUGCAGGAGCAAAAUGACGGAAUCCAAGGCGCUAUACUUCACUGCAAGAGAUGUUACAGCUCAGUGGCAAAAGGUAGCGAAGAUCUGGCAAGAGCUUCUUCCGAGGAAUUGAACAGAUGGAGCAUAUGAAAAUCAUCAAUACUAUUUUGAAAGUGAAGAGAUAGCGGGAAUAGGAAACGUUGUCGUAUUUCCCGUUUGGUACUGUAAUUAUUAUUAUUAUUUUUGUGUGUAUGAGUACGUACAGUAGAGAGGAAUAGUAGAGUUUAGCAUAUAUUAGAGCAGUGGCUCAGAGACGUCACUUGAGAAAGCGUCCGUCCAGUUCCAGCAAUGAAUGGAAAGUGUUUUGGUUUAUGUAAGUAAAAAAAAUUGACUCUUUCAAGUGUGCUUGUGUAAAAUUUUCAGUUUGGUUAUUAUGGUUUUGAAUUUUUAUAUCAGAUCAAAUUUCAGCUG